AUGUUACGACGGCCUCCUGGCGAGGGACGGCUCGUCGUUCAGCAGCGCAAGGUUCUGCUCGCCUUAGCCGUCUUCCUUCUACCUUGGCUCCAGCUUGUCGAUGCUCAGCAGCAGCAACACCGACAGCAAUCCCCUCCGGAACCAGCUUCCGUUGCUAAUCUCCUAAACGACUAUAACAAUGAUAACGUAGGCGUGAACAAACAUGACGUUCACGGCCCAGACGUCCCUAUUCCCCGACACGAGUCCUUCGGUGCUGAGCGAGUCGUAGGCAACCUCGCUACCGCUACGCCCUCCAAACCACGCAACCAUCACGAGACCCCAGCUGUUAGCCGCAGGAACAGUGUCACUACCAAUAAGCAGCGAUUCCGAAACGUACCUUUUCCUAACGAUGCGAGCGCCCUCGCAACUUUGGCUCCGGCUUUGUCCGUUCGAGCACCAAAUUCUCCAAGAUAUCUGCCCAGCCUGCUCGCCGGUGCUGGGCUUUCCUCGCCGCAGAUUGCGCGGAGUCUGGAGAAUUGGGAAGUGGAAGACUACAUUCUUCUGGCGACCGUCGAUGGACAUCUUUAUGCUGUUAACCGCGAGUCCGGCGACGAGCGCUGGCAUCUCCAAGUUGAGCAACCUAUCGUCGAAACCAUUCACCGCCGCCCAAAUAGCUCCCUAGCCGAUAGACGAGAUGGCUAUGAUCAUCAUCCCCUGGAUGACUACAUUUGGGCUGUCGAGCCAACCCGUGAUGGUGCCCUUUACGUCUGGACCCCAUCUGGCUUUGGCAGCGGCCUGAUGAGUACGGGCCUAACAAUGAAGCAGCUAGUGGAAGAGUUCGGCUCCUACGCUGUUCAGAAUCCACCCGUAGUCUAUACUGGUCACAAGAAAACGACCAUGAUCACGCUGGACGCGGCGACCGGUCGCGUUCUUAAGUGGUUCGGACAGGGUGGCUCGCAGGUUGAUCAAAGUGCUACUUGCUUCCCCCCGAACGGGCGUUUCGUUGACUCGGACAAUGAGGAAUGCAGUGAUAGUGGCACCAUCACUCUGAGUAGAACAGAGUAUAUCGUUACCAUACACCGAUCGGAUGACGGUAGGGAGAUUGCCACACUUAAAUAUGCCGAAUGGGGCCCAAACAAUUUCGAUAAUGAUCUCCAUCAGCAGUAUCGAGCGACGCAGGAUAACCGAUACUUUACUAGCCAGCAUGACGGUAAAGUCUAUGCGCUCGCCUACCCUGCCGGAGCCACUUCCUUCGCGCUCCAAUUCUCUGUCCCCGUCGCGCGUGUUUUCGACAUCGCUAGGCCUGAAGAUGCUCCUCCCGGUAGCAACCCCGAGCUUGUCCUGCUCCCUCAGCCCGUUCCGCCCGCUCGAGACGAAGACUCUGCCCGCGUCAGAAGCCAUAGCGUAUUUCUCAACCAGACCGAAUCCGGUAGCUGGUAUGCCAUGUCUGGUUGGUCGUACCCUUUGAUUGUCGAUGCUCCGGCGGCACAGCUUAGCCGUAGGAACCGAUGGGACACCGAGAACCCUUGGGAUACGCUUGAUACUACAUGGGCAAACAAGGUGUUGGUUGGUACUCAUGUCCUAGGGAAUGCAAGGACCGUGGCGCAGUGGCCGCCAACUAUUCCUCCAAGUUUGCCUUCCUCACCUUUCACGCCCGAAUCUGACAAUGAUGAUAAUGAAUCUGUCGUGCCGACCUCACUGCCUGAUACGGAGGCUGAUUCUACAGGCAUCGUUGGCAGCAUCGUUGCUCUUCCGCAGUACGCCGCUGAUAAGACAGUCGACUUCUUGAUGAAUCCGAUUCUAUUCCCCGUCGUCGUCUAUCUCUUGUUCCGCUACUACAAGGACUUGGUUAGGUGGUCCAAACGCCGCAUUAGGCCAAAGCAAUAUCUUGAUACGGUGACAUAUGUACCUUCGACAGAUCCUACAGUUGGUCCGCCACGGGAAGUAGCCGCUGAAGUCGUCCGAGCGUCGGUUGAGGAGCCGGAUGAGAAGCAGCAGUUACAGUUAGUAACUGAAAAGGAAAGUACCGAAAAAGCUGUACCCGCUAUCGUAUCCACCGCGGAGCUUGAGCUGGCAGAUAUAGACGACAACCGUGAACAGCAGACCGAGGGCGAGUCUCCCGAGAAAAAGAAGAAGGCCCACCGCGGCCGGAGAGGAGGUGUUAAACAUCGGAAGGGGGCAAAGAAACAGCGCGACACUGUUGAAAGCUCGGGGGAGAACGCCUCCCCUGAAGCUGGAGAGGGAAUCCCUGGCCUGCAGAACAUCGGUCUACCAUCCAAGCUUGAGCCGAAUAUCACAACCAUGAAUAACGACCCCGAGGACGUAAGCGGCCCGAUCGUCAAGAUAGGUGGUAUCGAGGUCAACCAAGACGAACAGCUUGGUAUGGGCAGUAACGGUACCAUCGUCUUCGCUGGAAAAUUCCACGGACGGGAUGUUGCUGUUAAGCGCAUGCUUACCCAAUUCUGGGAUAUUGCAACCCAGGAGACCCAGCUGUUGCUCGAAAGUGAUCAUCAUCCCAAUGUGAUUCGAUAUUUUGCCAUGUCGAAGAACGAUAGUUUCUUGUACAUUGCGUUGGAGUUGUGCCAGGCUUCGCUUUCGGACAUUAUCGAGAAGCCCGCCAUGUUCCAGGAUCUGGCUCGGGCCGGCGAGAUGGAUUUACCCCGAGUCCUAUUACAGAUCGCACAUGGUCUAGGGUUCCUUCACGACCUUCGCAUUGUUCACCGUGAUUUGAAGCCUCAGAAUAUCCUGGUUACCAUGGGACGCGACGGUAAGCCGCGACUUCUCGUAUCGGACUUUGGGUUGUGCAAAAAGCUCGAAGGAGGCCAAUCAUCUUUCGGCGCGACCACAGCCCACGCCGCUGGGACUUCGGGUUGGCGGGCACCUGAGCUCCUCCUCGACGACGACGCGCGCGAAUCUUCUUCGAUGUCUAUGACCAGCACGCAUAGCGACUCGAGUCAAUUGAUUAGCGCCGAUGUUAUGCCUAAUCGCCGCGCUACUCGCUCAAUUGAUAUCUUUAGUCUUGGACUUGUAUUCUUCUACGUACUCACUAAGGGACUACACCCUUUCGAUUGUGGCGAUCGGUAUAUGCGAGAAGUCAACAUCCGUAAGGGUCAAUUCAGCCUCAAACCUUUAGAUGUACUAGGCGACGCCGCACACGAGGCUAAAGCCCUAAUUGAGACGAUGCUUCGAUCCGAUCCUAGGGCCCGACCUUCGGCUAAGGAUGUCAUGUCCCAUCCGUUCUUCUGGUCGGCAAAAGAACGGCUUGCUUUUCUUUGUGACGUGUCGGAUCAUUUUGAGCUUGAGCCUCGAGAUCCGCCAUCCAGGGCCUUGACGGAGCUCGAAGCAUGUGCCUCUCAAGUGUGCCGCGGCGAUUUUCUCAAGACACUACCUAAGGAAUUCGUGGAGAGCCUGGGAAGGCAGCGCAAAUACACCGGUUCAAGGCUUCUAGAUCUGCUACGAGCGCUCAGAAACAAAAGGUUUCAUUACGGUGAUAUGAGCGAGCCGCUGAAGAGGAUGGUAGGACCGUUGCCAGAUGGAUAUUUAAGUUUCUGGACUCGACGAUUUCCGAACUUGUUGAUUGUGUGCUGCACGGUCAUCUACAAGUUAAACCUCGAGGAACUAGAUAUCUUCAAGGAGUACUUCAAACCGAGAACACCUCUAUGA